AUGGAGGAGAUCCGUGAGGUUGCUAACGCUUAUUACGUUAACUUGACAGAGCAGCAACAGGAGAAAGCCCAGGAUGAUUUCAAAAAGAUGAAGUUGGAAAGAAAUACGAGCAUGAGCCUAACUGAUUUCUUGGAUUUCGUCCUGCAAGAAAAUUGUCCAAAAACUGUUGCUUGUUCUUUGUUCAAGCAUCUAGACGUAAAUGGUGAUGGCAACCUGGAUUUCGACGAGUUUAUCACCUUGUUCUAUCUGUAUCAAAGCAAGAGGCUACUGUAUUGUCGUGGCUGUGAAACGUUUCUUAAUGGACUGUAUUUCACUUGCAUCAAAUGCUUUGGUUCCACCGGCAAUAGCUAUGACCUCUGCACCUUCUGUUACCGGAACAAAAACUUUAAACACCAUAAAGAUGCAGUCUUCUUGGACAACUACGCUUUACUCCGCCGGAACAUCAAACGCUCAUCGGAAACGGCAGUAGACCCAGUUCAGGACAACGAUAAUAAAAUCAAAUUAGAAGACGUAGAUGAAUCUGGCCAAGUCAAAAACGAUGAAAAUGAAGGUCAAUAUGUCUCUGAAUUAUCGGAUCAUCAGGAAAACAAUGCAACUCAUGAAGCAGAUUUUGAUGACUCUACUUACCAGAAAAAUGAAGAAAAUGAAGAAGUCGCAAAUGCAUCUAACCAGCUGGAAAAAAUUGGAAAUCGAAAAGUUGCAAACAUACAUCGUUACCGGAAUCGCGAGCGAAUCGGCAAGGCAUUUUCAAAACUCGGAGCAAAUAUCACAUCAAAAGUAACAGGCAGCAUCUCAAAGGCUACUGACAGUAUCGAUUGCAAUGUCAUGUGAUGGUUAUCACAUAAAACAGAUCUGGCAAUCGCUUUAAAGUUAGAAGUUAAUUAUUAAGUGAAAUGUUAUUCCGUGUUCAUUACCGAUCAUUUGUAGCAUUAUUAAUGUGUGCAUGCAUGUGUACAAAUUGACUAUAUGCCAUAUUGUAUCGUAG